GUUUUAAUUGACUCCCCGCCUCUCGCAAUUGAAACAAUAAUCAAAGUCAAGUUUAAGCUAAUAUCUUCUCAGGGAGAGAAUUGAGAUGAAUAUGCAAAUUCAAGCUCACACUUCUCUCUCAUCACCAUUCUUCUCUCCCAUUUCUCCAUUUUCAUUUCAGUUAUUUCCUCGGAAUCAAACGGUUCGGAAAAACCCACGGUUCAUUGUGCGAGCAAGCCCUAAGAAGAUUUCAUUCGGUAAAGAGUGCAGACAGACUUUACAAGCUGGAAUUGAUAAACUCGCUGACGCUGUCUCUCUUACCGUUGGACCUAAAGGGAGAAAUGUUAUUCUUUCUGAAUCUGGAAAGCUUCAAGUAGUUAAUGAUGGUGUUACAAUUGCUCGAUCGAUAGAGCUUUCUGAUGCAAUUGAGAAUGCAGGUGCCAUGCUAAUUCAAGAGGUUGCAAGUAAAAUGAAUGAUUUGGCUGGUGAUGGUACUAGCACUGCUAUAAUUUUGGCUCGAGCCAUGAUUAAAUCUGGACUAUCAGCAGUUGCAUUUGGGGCUAAUCCUAUUUCUUUGAAGAAGGGGAUGGAAAAGACUGUAAAAGAUUUGGUGAAGUUCUUGAAGAAGAGAAGUAUUCCCGUUGAAGGAAGAGAUCAUAUCAAAGCCGUAGCCUCAAUUUCUGCUGGAAAUGACGAGUAUGUUGGUAAUUUGAUUGCUGAAGCUAUAGAGAAGAUUGGAUUUGAUGGGGUAGUCACCAUUGAGUCAUCCUCAUCAUCUGAAACCUCUGUGGUAAUUGAAGAAGGGAUGAAGAUUGAUAGGGGUUACAUGUCUCCUCACUUCAUUACCAACCAGGAGAAAUCCAUUGUGGAGUUUGACAAUGCUAAAGUUUUGGUAACUGAUCAAAAGAUUUCAAGUGUCAAAGAAAUAGUUCCUUUGCUGGAAAAGGCCAUGCAGUUGAGUGCCCCGCUCUUAAUUAUUGCGGAGGAUGUCACGCCACAAGUGAUGGAAACGUUAAUAGUGAACAAAAUGAAAGGAUUACUACAAGUUGCAGCUGUAAAAUGUCCAGGAUUUGGAGAUGGAAAGAAAGCCUUGUUACAAGAUAUUGCGCUCAUGACGGGUGCUGAUUUUCUUUCUGGAGAUUUGGGUCUCACACUUGAAGGUACAACAUCUGACCAGCUUGGUAAUGCACAGAAAGUGACAAUAACCAGUAAGACAGCAACUAUAUUUGCUGAUCCACACACUAAGGCUGAAAUUCAGGCUAGAAUUUUACAGAUUAAGAAGGAUCUUACUGAAGUAGACAAUGCAAACCAUUCGAGGAAACUCUCAGAGAGAAUUGCAAAACUCUCUGGUGGUAUAGCUGUUAUAAAGGUAGGCGCAUACACUGAGCUAGAACUGGAGGAUAGAAAACUGAGGAUUGAGGAUGCUAAGAAUGCUACUUUUGCUGCCAUAAAUGAGGGAAUUGUUCCUGGAGGGGGUGCCACAUAUGUCCACCUUUUGGAUUUGAUACCUUCCAUAAAGAACUCUAUGGAAGAUCUAGAUGAGCAAAUCGGUGCUGAUAUUGUGGCGAUGGCACUUGUAGAACCUGCUAAAUCAAUUGCAGCUAAUGCUGGAGUUGAUGGAGACGUUGUUGUUGAGAAGACUAGAAUGUUAGACUGGAGAAUUGGAUAUAAUGCCAUGACUGGCACAUAUGAAGAUCUUUUGAAUGCUGGAGUAGCAGAUCCAAGUCGGGUUGCAAGAUGUGCUCUUCAAAGUGCAGUCUCCGUUUCUGGCAUAGUUCUAACUACUCAAGCUAUAUUGGUUGAUAAAAUAAAGAAACCCAAGCCACGUGUACCUAUGGUCCCUGGUAUAACUCCCUAAAAUAGAUAAAACAAUUAGUGUUUUGUAAAUAUAGUUGGUCUUCUUCAAUGAUGAAUGCCGUUGGUUGAGUCAGCCUGUGAAUGUCCCUUGGGUUGAUUAGUACUCAGGCAGCAACAAGAAUGCUCUUAUGAAUGGUAAAGUCAGGUAUGAUGAAACCCAUGUAUCGCGAAGCAAUACAAACAAUUAGGAAGUUCAAAGUUACAUAGGGAGUUGAAUAGUGUUAAUGCUUUUUUUUUCCUUCCAAUUUAUCAAUUCAUUUUACAGAUGAAAGUUUUGUUCCAUAGAAGAUAGAAACCUAUAUCUGAUAUAUUCACCAUGUAACUUUAUAAUUUUGCUUUGUCAAGGUCAUGUUUUGGAUUUGUCUAAAAUUUAAUUUGGUCCAUAUGAAUGACUUGUAAGUCUUGAAAUAUU